UUGGUGCGGGAUUUUUUGGUGAGUGAAGAAAGAGGCUCCUAAACGGUGUAAAGUUUAUCGUUCCAAAUAAAGAAAUUGUGUUGCCCGUCCAAGCUCGGUCGACGACGAUUCCGUGUAUCGAACGACCCAAGCCUCGACCCGAGCCCCCCAAGCCACCACGCACAAUGGCAACGCAAACGGAAUCGUCGGCGGCCGGCAGCGGCAAAGCGAAGGAGAAAAAAAGUCAGGAAGAAAUCUACGGCGAGUUCCAGCAGCUGCGAAAUCAACAGCGGAAUCUGGUGAAUAAUCUUAAUACGAUUGACAUGGACCUCAAAGAGCACAAAACGGUCAUCGAUACACUGAAAACAGUGGACGCGAGCCGGAAGUGUUUCCGGCUGAUAGGAGGUGUGCUGGUGGAACAAACGGUCGGUGUCGUUCUUCCACAGCUGGAACAAAACCGCACCCAGCUGGAGAAGCUAAUCGAGGAGGGCAAAGAGCAAAUCACGAAGAAAGGCAUGGAAAUCAACUCGUUCAAAGAUGAGUACAACAUCAGCGUGCGCGGCCAGGAGGCGGCGACGCCUGCGGCGGCAAGUGAGAAGGACGCUGGCGAGGAGAAGGCGUCCGCCAAUCGGAACGUGCUGGUGGGCGACCUAUAAGGGCCGGUCUGACGAAGAGCAACCCGUAACCCGUGCUUCCUGUGACGACCGAUGUAUGUGGUCUGGUGUUUGCCACCCUUGUCUGUUCACAGUGUCAGUGCUUUUCCGAAGCAAACCUUCAGUGUACACCGCCGUUCCGUUUGUUUGCAAUCAUCCUUUCGGGCGAUAGUGACCCCGAUGUUAGUUGCACGCCUUCACACGUCACCGAUUGCCGCACGUGGUGCUGUGGUGGAUAUUUGGCAUUGUUCUUCACUGUUAAUUUAAAGCCGACUUACGAAUAAGAAUCAUUGAAAUGGAAACAAACGAUUGAAUAA